CAAACGUUACGUUCCCCCGUCAGUGGUGACUUUUCUCACUCCAGUAGUGGUGGAAGCAGCAACAAGAAAAAGAAGAAGCUGGCAGACAAGAUCCUACCGCAGAAGGUGCGAGACCUUGUGCCUGAAAGUCAGGCGUACAUGGAUCUGCUUGCAUUCGAGCGGAAGCUAGACUCGACAAUCAUGAGGAAACGUCUUGACAUCCAGGAAGCGUUGAAGCGGCCGAUGAAGCAGAAACGGAAGCUGAGAAUAUUUAUCUCCAACACGUUCUACCCGGCUAAGGAGGCGGUGGAAGGUGGUGAGGACGGCAGUGUGGCAUCGUGGGAACUCCGUGUCGAAGGCAGGCUUUUGGAAGAUGCUAAGAAUGACCCCAACAAGGUGAAGAGGAAGUUUUCAUCUUUCUUCAAGAGUCUGGUUAUAGAGCUUGACAAGGACUUGUAUGGACCAGACAACCACCUGGUGGAGUGGCACCGCACCCCUACCACCCAGGAGACAGAUGGCUUCCAGGUGAAGAGGCCAGGAGACAAGAACGUUCGCUGCACCAUACUACUGCUGCUGGAUUACCAACCGCUGCAGUUCAAGCUGGACCCAAGGUUGGCAAGACUGCUGGGCGUCCACACCCAGACUCGGCCAGUCAUCAUCAAUGCCCUCUGGCAGUACAUCAAGACACACAAACUUCAGGAUACUCAUGAGCGAGAGUUUAUCAACUGCGACAAAUACUUGGAGCAGAUCUUCUCUUGCCCGAGGAUGAAGUUCGCCGAGAUACCGCAACGCCUGAACCCUCUGCUGCAUCCUCCAGACCCGAUAGUCAUCAACCAUAUCAUCAGUGUUGAAGGGACAGAGCAGAAGCAAACGGCGUGCUACGACAUCGAUGUGGAGGUGGACGACACGCUCAAGACACAGAUGAACAACUUCCUGCUGUCAACUGCCAGUCAGCAAGAGAUACAAGGACUGGACAACAAGAUACAUGAGACCGUGGAGACCAUCAACCAACUGAAGACCAACCGGGAGUUCUUCCUUAGCUUUGCCAAGGACCCGCAGCAGUUCAUCAAUAAGUGGAUCAUCUCGCAGACUAGGGAUCUCAAGACGAUGACGGACGUGGUUGGCAAUCCUGAGGAGGAGAGACGCGCCGAGUUCUACUACCAACCUUGGGCGCAGGAAGCUGUGUGUCGCUACUUCUACACCAAGGUGCAGCAGAAGAGGGCAGAGCUCGAGCAGGCCUUGGGUAUUCGGAACACAUAGUUCGGGCCGACAGACUGCACAUUAAAUAAGGAUGUGAAGGAAUGAUACGCUUACCUUUGCGGGGUAAAUCCACUGAUAAAAAAGUACACAAGCGGCACACACUUAAAUGGGAUAUUUAAAAUUUACAAAUGAACAGGAAAAUAAUCCUGAGAGGGCGAUUGUUUCGUGUUCAACUUUUUUUUAAAAAUAUUAAAUGUCUUAUGAUCGGUGUUUUCUGGUUUUGUUCUUUUCGUGGAGCAAACUUUUCAAAGUAAGCCUAUUUGAUGAUUGUAUAUUAUUUAUUUUUGUAUAAUUUUUAAUGGUUUUAAACUUUAUACUUGUUUGUUUACAGCUAUAUAAGUGUAUAUCAAUACAGUUUAUAUGAUUGUAGACCGUGUGUAACUUUAUAUUAUAACAGUAAAUUUUUGUAAUGAGUUUUCAAAACGUAAUUCUCAACUUGUUAUUCUAUUAAACAGAUUGACCAUUUAUGUUGUUGUAUUGUUUAUAGAAUAAACGAAAAUGAAAUUCCUUUAAUGUUUUAUACUUUUAAGCCAUUGUUCAUUACAGUAUUUAACCAUUUUUAUUUGAUUUACAAUGUUGUAGUUUCAUAAGACUUAAUAUUUCACUUAUUAUUGAUUGCAUGUAAUUCAGACUUUCCUUAUUCAUAAUUGUUUGUAAUUUAUCAGUUUUAUGACUAGUACUAGACUUCCUUCAAUAAAACAUUUUUUAAACCCA